AUGCCAUACCAUUCAUUUCCAUCCCACAAUCAAGAGUUCAUCGUAGAUGAAAAAUACACAUUCGAGAGAGAGAUUGGUCAAGGUGCCUAUGGUAUUGUUUGUUCUGCUGUAAAUACAUAUACUGGUCAAAGGUGUGCAAUAAAAAAGGUCUGCAAACUGUUUGAAAGACCAAUUUUGACCAAGCGAGCUCUGAGAGAACUGAAAUUACUUGAACAUUUUAAUGGACACAAAAAUAUCAUCGGGCUCUUUGACGUGGAUAUCGUUGAUCCAAAGAAUUUCAAUGAACUCUAUCUUUACCAAGAGCUUAUGGAAAUUGACUUACAUCAAAUCAUUCGGUCCGGACAAAAGCUGUCUGAUGAUCAUUUCCAGAGCUUUAUCUAUCAGACCUGCUGUGGACUGAAAUAUAUUCACAGUGCAAAUGUUCUCCAUAGAGAUUUGAAGCCAGGAAAUCUUCUUGUCAAUUCAGAAUGCGAACUCAAGAUAUGUGAUUUUGGAUUGGCUCGAGGCUAUGUUGACUCAACAAAGGCCGGAAGUGCAGGCUUCAUGACUGAAUAUGUAGCAACCCGUUGGUACAGAGCUCCUGAGAUUAUGUUGAGUUUCCAAAACUAUACCAAAGCCAUUGACAUUUGGUCAGUUGGGUGUAUAUUUGCAGAAUUAUUGGGAGGAGACACUUUAUUCAGAGGAAGAGACUAUGUUGACCAAUUGAACCGAAUUCUUUUUGUUCUUGGCACUCCUGAUGAUGAUACCCUGGGUCGAAUAGGCAGUGAGCGUGCUCAGAUAUACAUACAAAGCUUGGAAAAAACAGAAAAGAUUCCUUUUGCUAAAAUGUACCCAAAUGCUACACCUUUUGCGUUGGACCUUCUCGAACGUCUAUUGACGUUUGAUCCAAUGAAGAGAAUUGAAGCCGAAGAAGCUUUGGAGCAUCCUUACCUUGCCGUACACCACGAUAUCACAGACGAGCCUGUACACCCUCAAACCGUUGACUUUUCUUUUGAAUCCUUAAAUACCACAGAGGAAAUGAGAGAUACAAUUAUUUAUGAGGUCCAGGCAUUUAAAGCCAAGAAGAAUAACCUUCGACUUGACACCAGAGGGUUGAGGCGCCAGGGAAGUAUAACAGCCAUUACACCCGAUCGAGUCAGAUCUGAUCGGUCAGAAAAACACUCUAGAGACAAUCAAUCGGGCUAUUCAGACGCAGCCAUCCAAAGCCCUUUACCAAUCGAUCCAAAACUGGAAAGAGAUCUCAGUGGAAUGAAUUUUUGA